GCUUCAAAGAGACUCUCAGAUUUGAUAAGACGCCCUUAUGACUUGUACCGGGCUGGUGUAUUCGAUGAAUAUUUAAUGGGCUUGAUGAACCAAGUUGCUCAAGCUAUGGAUGAUUCUAUAACGCAAGAAGUGACAAAUCAUCUCUUCAAAAAAGUUGGAGCAAAAUUCGGACUGGAUUUGGUAUCCUUUAACAUGCAACGCGGCCGCGAGUUUGGUAUUCCAAGUUAUAUGGAGUUCAGGUAAA